AUAAUAUAAAACUUUCCCUGAAACGUCUCUUCCCCAACCCAAUCUCAGUCUCCUACUCUCUGCAUUUUAUUCCAAUGGCAACCCCUCUCGCAUGUUCUUUCUCUGUCCCGAUCCAGGCCUCCGGAUCAUCCUCCUCCAGAAAACCCGAAUCCAAUCGCCAAAAGCCUGUUUCUUCGACCUCCUGGUGGGCCCCGCUCUUCGGCUGGUCCUCCGAUCCCGAUUACAUCAAUAACGCCACCACUAACAGUGUUAGUUUCCAGUCCAACAACCCCAACGCGAUGCCAGAUCGGAUCGGGGAGCGGCAGCUGGAUCAGCCGAGAUCCAGAUUUACGCUCGGUUCCUUCACCGAUGAGAAAGCGAAGCAGCUUCGAAGGAAAACGCUGGAGGGCUCGUCUUUUCAUGAUAUGAUGUACCACUCGGCUAUUGCUUCUCGUCUCGCCACCGACAUAUCCGAGAACGGAGAUUUCUCGGAUCGACGGUGACUCGUAUGCCGACGGUGGAUUCGAGAUUUAUCUGGCCCUAAAAUUUGUCGAAAUGAAAAUUUAGGAGUUAGGACUGUUCUGUUACCGUUUGCUAACGUGGCAAUCUGUUUGUUUAACAUAAUGACAAAGCUAUAAUUUUAGUUGUGCUUUUUUUUGAACUCCUACUA